UGCCUUCGUAAGGAUGCUGAGUCGAGACGGAGGGAGCUGCAUAUCCGUACCUACGCUGUGAUUCCUCUCAACGAGGAGUGCGGCAUCAUCGAAUGGGUCAACAACACGGCCGGACUGCGACACAUUCUCACCAAGCUGUACAAAGAGAGAGGUAUUAACUUAUCAGGUAAAGAGCUCAGAAAGCUUAUCCUGCCGAAGACGGCCCCCUUUGAAGAGAAGCUACGAAUCCACAAGGAGGUGCUUUGUGUUCGACACAUUCCUGUGUUCCACGAGUGGUUCCUCCGGACCUUCCCCGACCCCACAUCAUGGUACAGCAGUCGCUCUGCGUACUGCCGCUCCACUGCUGUGAUGUCCAUGGUGGGCUACAUCCUGGGUCUGGGGGAUCGUCACGGAGAAAACAUCCUCUUCGACUCUUUCACCGGGGAAUGUGUUCACGUCGACUUCAACUGCCUCUUCAACAAGGGGGAGACGUUUGACGUGCCUGAAGUGGUUCCCUUCCGUCUGACCCAGAAUAUGGUCCACGCCAUGGGGCCCAUGGGCACCGAGGGUCUCUUCAGACAGGCCUCUGAGGUGACCCUGAAACUCAUGAGGGACCAGAGAGAGCCGCUCAUGAGUGUGCUUAAGACCUUCCUUCAUGACCCCCUGGUGGAGUGGAGUAAACCAGCCAAAGGAGGACUUUCUAGAACGCAGGCCAACGAGACAGGAGAGAUAGUAAAUGAAAAGGCGAAAACCCACGUGUGUGACAUCGACCAGCGACUGCAGGGUGUCAUAAAGAGCCGGAACAAAGUGCUGGGUCUACCUCUGUCCAUAGAGGGACACGUCCACUACCUCAUACAGGAAGCCACUGAUGACAAGCUGCUCUGUCAGAUGUAUCUGGGCUGGGGACCCUACCUGUAAAACAUGCCUUAGUUUACAAAAAGAAAGCAUUUGAAAUCAAGUUCAGGGGAAUUUAAAAGGUUUUUCUGUUAUCCAAAGCCUACACAAAACAACCAGGAGUGCCCUGUAAGGUGGCUCCGAACACCCACGACUGUUCUUUAUGAUUUAACCUUGUAUGUUCUAGUACUUCUAUCCAUGUUAAGUUUCCUGUUUCUGGAAAAAAAUAUUAUUUUUGUAUUCAUUCCACUUGUAAUAAAGGAUUUGUGUUUUUCAGAUUUGAUGCUGUAGGUAAAUGUGUCUUCU